ACGUCGAUAAAAAUUGAUACCUUGCUGCCAACCAAAGCAACAAGGAAAGCAUCUACUCAAGAAUUUGUAUGCGGAAAGUAUGCAAAUUAGGCUACUACGACAGCGAUAUUGCUGGCGAGAUGCACUUGAUGGGAUUGUCUCAACAUCAACAAUCUUAAAUUCAGAAAGAAUAGUUCCCAUCAAAAAACAGAGUACGUUUCUUCUUCUUACUCUAAUUAGUCUGCUAAUGAUUUAUGCUUGAAGUCUCUAGUACCAAAGAUCCCAAUCCAUUCAUAUCAUCUCCUUGUCUGCAUAAUUGGUAGUAUAUUAUUGUGUACCAAAUGCAUCUCAGCUUAACUUGAGAAAUCAUUUCUUGUUUUUGUUUUAAUCGAGUAUUCUGCAUCAUCUAAAGGAGAAGAGCAAAUUUAGUUCAAAUUCAACAUUGCCUGCUUCUUGUCUGAAUACAUGUCUCUGUAAGACUGGCUUGGGCACCACCGAUGAGACGAUCAAUUAGAGCGUGUGGACUCUGUUGUGCCUCACUGCGUGAUAAGUCAAACCAGGAAUUUAUAGCAACUACCAAAAAGGGUUGUGUUAUGUCCCGACUUAACUCGUGAGGCAUCCAGAUUGCGCGCCCGUGAGUUAUGUCAGGACAUAACGAGUACAAGAAAUAAUGAGAUAUACUUGCGCAAGAAUUCCAUUUGUGCAGGAUUUGGCAGACAUAGAUUACGUCAAUCUCCACUUCAGGCCCACUCUGGAAUCUUCCAUGAGAAACAUUCCUCCCUGGCGGGUCAGCAGUGGUUUCAAAGGUUGACGACCACUGUGGACCGAUGACAAAAGUCAACCGGAAGAUGCAAUUUGUCCCUGGACUUUUUGAGGAGAAUGUGGAAUGUUUCCCGGGGUUGUUCCUUCAAGUAACACGUCAGUGAUCACCAUCAGAUUGCCAACUCUUGCAGGGCGUCUGCGCUCAACAAAUAUAAUCAUCGAAAGAGAGAAGAAUAGAAAGAGACGGGCUCCUAUCUUCCUUCCAACUUUGCUUCCCCAACCCGGUAUCAUCCACGCCAACUUUCUUCGCUUUCAUCGUCGAAGUGCCGUCCUUUUCAGCAUCCUUCCCUGUGUCUCUCAUCCGCUCUCUCUACGUCCCAAAACUAAGCGAACUACCAGCGCGCGCGGCGGCGGCAGAGAAAGAUCCCAGCUUUGGCGAUCCCGAGGUCGUUCCGGCUACCAGCAAGCGCGGAGGCGUAGAAAGAACCCUCGUUUCGAGAUAUCGAGGAUGCUGCGCUCGUGCUUGAGGCCGCUGGAGCGAUGCUCCGGGAGGCUCGGCGGCGGCGACGGGCUGCUGUGGCACAUGGACCUCAAACCCCAUGCGUCCGGCGAGUUCUCCAUCGCCGUCGCCCAGGCCAACGUCUCCCUCGAGGACCAGGGCCAGGUGUUCGCCUCCCCUUCCGCCACCUACAUCGGCGUCUAUGAUGGCCACGGCGGCCCCGAGGCGUCUCGAUUCAUCAGCAACCGCCUUUUCUCCCAUCUCGAUCGGUUCGCGUCGGAGCAAGGGGGCUUGUCCUCGGAGGUGAUCAAACGAGCGUUUGACGCGACGGAGGAGGAGUUUUUGUAUCUGGUGAAGCGGUCAUGGCGGUUACGGCCACAGAUGGCGUCGGUGGGGUCGUGCUGUCUCAUCGGGGCGAUCACUGACGACAGACUCUACGUGGCCAAUUUGGGGGACUCCCGGGCUGUUCUCGGCCGCUGCAGCUUGGGUGGGAGGGCCGUGGUGGCCGAGCGGCUGUCAACCGACCACAAUGUCUCAAUGGAGGAAGUCAGAAAGGAGGUUGCUGCGAAUCAUCCUGACGAUAAGCAAAUUAUUGUGCAUACCCGUGGGGCUUGGCGGAUCAAAGGGAUCAUUCAGGUCUCCAGGUCUAUCGGGGACGUCUACCUGAAGAAACCCGAGUUCAGUAGCGAUCCAUUGUUCCAGCAGUUUGUUUCUCCUGUUCCAUUGGAGAGGCCUGUCAUCACCGCAGAGCCAUCAAUUCGGGUCCAUAAGCUUAAGCCACAUGACUUAUUUUUUAUAUUUGCAUCAGAUGGACUAUGGGAGCAAUUAAGUGACGAAGCUGCAGUCAAGAUAGUAUUCAAGAACCCAAGAGCAGGAAUAGCGAAACGAUUGGUCCGAGCUGCUCUAAUUGAAGCUGCAAGAAAACAGGGAAUGAGUUAUGAUGAUCUAAAACAUAUUGAAAAGGGAAUUCGACGGCGUGUUCAUGACGACAUCACUGUUGUAGUGAUCUAUAUUGAUCAGCACCAUCAAGGUGGUCAUUCCAGAUUCAACCGCAGCAAUCGUGACUGCACGAGUGCACCUGUUGACAUCUUUUCAUUCAAUUUUGAUGAAUCUGAAGACCCUCUUCGGCGAGCUGAGUAAAUGCUAUGUGGAGGUCAACCAGUACAAGUACAUAAUCUGUCGAUUUCAUUAUCAAUAAUGCUUGGAUAUAUAUAAUCUGUCUUCCAUAAGCCUAUGAUCUAACAUAAGGUGCAGAAAAUUGGGUUGUUAGCUACUGUCAAAUUCGUGGGCAGCCGGUGGUGCCAAAGCAUGACCUAAGACUUGAGAUUUUUGGUAUGCACUUUUGUUGACAUUUUAUCAUAAUGUUGUAAACAUGUUUCAUUUUCAAAAUAAUUAUGAUGAUAGUAAUCGAGAAGUUGUAUCAAA